GAGCAGGAGCAGGAGCAUGUCAGAGCGCAGGAGUCACACACAGAUGGCGCCGCCACCACCGCCCCCAAGCCAAAUAAAUCGCAGACAACGGCGAAUGGAAAUGGAAAUGGCCAAGACCAGGAACAGGGCAAACUAAUUCAGAACUCUGGCGGCACCCAGAGGAGCCAGUCGCCACCACGGACAGAGCAGGUCGUGAUGACACCCAGAGGCAAGACCGCCAAUAGUACGGUGAUCCUCAUCGAACGGAAGCUGAUUGAUGAGAUCAAUGAUCGAGUUCAUGUCGCCGGCGGUGAUCACACUGGAAUCAUCAUUAACAAGGAUACAGUUGCCGGGCAGAAGAGUGGCACCAAGGCGGCGGCAUUGUCCCUAGAGUUCCGUGUGUUUCUGGUCAGUGCCAAUACGGGCAAACAUUCGCAGGAGUCGCGCACGCUGAGAUUUUGGUUCCGCGAUUGGUUGACCAACGAUGAGAAGCAGGCUCACAUUGCCCAGGACUUUUUCAAAGAGCUAGUGAGUCCGCAGGACUUUCCCAGAGACUAUGUGGGAUUUAUCAAGAAGAUUAUGAAGCUAAUGCAACAUGGCUAUUCGGAGAUUCAGUCUAUUGAGAUUGAGCUACGCAUCCUAGAGGAGACCUCAGCACCCCCAUCGCGACCACCCCGGGAUGGUUACAUCAUCUACUGCUAUGGCGACUGCAACCGGAAGUUCGAGGAGGCGCUUAUGGCGCAGCGGAAGACAGGUGAUGGCGAUAACCUGAUGAAGGCCAUUUGGCUGGACAUGUACACCGAGCAGCUGAGCGCCCGUCGGAAAUGA